AUGUCUCCUUUGUCACUGGUGAUUUUAUUGUUGUUUUGGAGUCCAUUAAUUUUAUGUAAAAAACAAGAACCAGUAUGUUUUCAACCUUCGGAUAAUAACGGUGCUUAUCCAUGUGAAAGUCGUCCAAGUAGAGAACCACUCAGUUUACAAUAUAGUAAAGUUCAAAUUAGUAAACCAGCACCUACAUUCGAUGGCAUUGCUGUCAUCAAUGGAGAAAUGAAAGAAAUUAGUUUAAGUGAUUUCAAAGACAAAUAUCUUGUCCUUCUAUUUUAUCCAUUAGAUUUUACAUUUGUAUGUCCAACUGAAAUUAUUGCGUUUUCUGAUCGUAUUCAAGAAUUUAAAAGUAUCAAUACUGAAAUUGUUGCAAUAUCUGUCGAUUCGCAAUUUACUCAUUUAGCAUGGAUAAAUACACCUCGUGAACAAGGUGGUUUAGGCAAAAUUCAAAUUCCACUCUUAUCUGAUCUUACACAUCAAAUUUCUAAAGAUUAUGGUGUGUAUUUACAAGAUGUUGGCCAUGCAUUGAGAGGAUUAUUUAUUAUUGAUGGUCGUGGUAUUCUUCGUCAAAUAACAAUGAAUGAUCUUCCAGUCGGUCGAUCAACUGAUGAGACACUUCGACUUCUACAAGCUUUUCAAUAUACAGAUAAACAUGGAGAAGUUUGCCCUGCUGGUUGGCGUCCUGGUUCCGACACAAUUAUUCCAAAUCCGGAAGACAAGAUGAAAUAUUUCAGUAAAAAUUAUGAAACAAAAAAGAAUUAA